AUGGGCGCCCAGCAGACCAAGGACAGGGUGAUCCCCGCCGGGUCCACCGUGCGGCAGACGCGCAAGCAGCCCAGGAGCCUCAAGGAUACGCGCGUCAUAGGCUCUAACAUAUUCACCGAGCACAGCGAGGCACUUUUGCAAAGUAGACCUCUACCUCACAUUCCAGCAUUGCCAGAAGGUGAUCCCCCGAGUGGCUCUAGUGUUCAAUCAAUUUCACAGCAAGCUAAUGUUCAACAACAUGGCGGUGUGUCCGCUAGCGGACUCCUUGAAGCGGCAAAUAGAUGGACUAGCAAGGAAAAUCUCUUAGCACAGGAGGAGGAUGAUCCUCAAUUAUUUGUCGCCUUGUAUGAUUUUCAAGCUGGUGGGGAGAAUCAACUUAGUCUGAAAAAGGGUGAACAAGUACGUAUCCUAAGUUACAAUAAAAGCGGAGAAUGGUGCGAGGCCCACUCGAGCGCCGGGCAGGUGGGAUGGGUACCGUCGAAUUACGUGACACCCGUCAACUCCCUGGAGAAACACUCUUGGUACCACGGGAGGAUAUCUAGAAAUGCUGCGGAGUAUCUGCUGAGCUCGGGGAUAAACGGUAGUUUUCUCGUACGGGAGUCGGAGAGCAGUCCGGGACAGCGUAGCAUUUCCCUGAGAUACGAGGGCCGGGUGUAUCACUACAGGAUCAACGAGGACAGCGAGGGAAAGAUGUUUGUCACGACGGAGAGCAAGUUCAACACGCUGGCCGAGCUGGUGCAUCACCAUUCAAUGCUCGCCGACGGCCUUAUAACGCAACUGCUGUAUCCUGCACCAAAGCAUAAUAAGCCUACCGUCUUCCCGUUGAGUCCGGAGCCGGACGAAUGGGAGAUCAACAGGACGGACAUAGUGAUGAGGCAUAAAUUGGGCGGCGGCCAGUACGGUGACGUGUACGAGGCGGUCUGGAAGAGAUACAACAUGACCGUGGCGGUUAAGACGCUCAAGGAGGACACGAUGGCGCUAAAGGACUUCCUGGAGGAGGCGGCCAUCAUGAAGGAGAUGAAACACCGGAAUUUGGUGCAGUUAUUGGGGGUCUGUACGCGCGAGCCGCCGUUCUACAUAAUCACGGAAUUCAUGAGCAAGGGAAACCUCCUGGAUUACCUGCGGAACGAGAGCAAGCAUCAGAUCAACGCCGUGGUUCUGAUGCACAUGGCUACGCAGAUCGCGAGCGGCAUGAGUUACUUGGAGAGCAGAAAUUUCAUCCAUCGCGACCUCGCGGCCAGGAAUUGUCUGGUCGGCGAGAACCAUCUCGUCAAGGUCGCGGAUUUCGGUCUAGCCCGUCUGAUGAGAGACGACACGUAUACAGCUCACGCCGGGGCGAAAUUUCCUAUAAAGUGGACCGCGCCGGAGGGUCUGGCGUACAAUAAGUUCUCCACGAAGUCUGACGUAUGGGCAUUCGGUAUCUUGCUGUGGGAGAUCGCUACUUAUGGAAUGUCCCCUUAUCCCGGUGUCGAUUUAACGGACGUUUAUCACAUGCUCGAAAAAGGCUACCGAAUGGAAUGUCCCCCCGGUUGCCCACCGAAAGUUUACGAUCUGAUGCGUCAGUGCUGGCAGUGGUCGGCUUCAGAGCGGCCAACUUUUAAAGAGAUACAUCACUCGUUAGAAAAUAUGUUUCAAGAAUCGAGUAUUACCGAGGAGGUAGAGAAGCAGCUUCAAGGUGGGGGGGAAAUUCCAUUGCUAACAUACAAAAAAUCGCAGACUGGAAGUACAGGAAAUAUCCAUGGACUUGUUCUUGUAUCCGAGCAAUUAUCUUCUUCCGGUAUAACGCAAGAAGGAGCGAGUGCGGUCACCAAGCUGAGUACCUUUAUGGGAGGCUUAUCAAGUAGGAGUAAUAGUAAUAUGGUUCAAAUGCGAAGAUCCACCAAUAAAAAAGGAAAGCAAGCGCCAGCACCUCCUAAGCGAACGAGCUUGCUAUCAUCGUGCAGUUCUUUUCGUGAUUCUGCCUAUCAAGAGCAAGACCAGCAAAAUGUCGAAGUGAGCACUAUGACGCUUGACGAUGGCACAGAUCUAAAUGGUAUUGAUAAGAUUUUUGAAGGUAUCACACGUGAUCUCGUGACAAUGGCUACACAGUCAAUUACUACAGGAGGUUGCGAUAUGGACGACGACGGAGAUGGGUCGCAAGGGACAGCAGAACAUAACUUUGUUCCUCAACCGUCAACCUCGCCGGAACCAGUAUCCAACUUACCGUGCAAUCAGAAACAAAUUAAAUCUCGACCUUACACGUCUAAGGAAGUACUGCCUCAGAAGCUGGUACACGUGGGUGCGCUGGAGGUGCAAAAUGUUAAGAGGGCGAUCAACCGCUACGGCACUCUGCCGAAAGGAGCCAGAAUCGGGGCGUACUUGGAGUCCCUGCGGCAGAGCGGCAUGCCGCCGAAUCAGGAGAGCAUCGCCGCGUCCUCUCUGGCCAAUGCGGUUAUGGAGCAGCAGCAGCAGCAGCAGGACAUCAUCACCGCGAGCGUCGUCGACGUGAUCCCGCAGCAUCGUUCCCUUUCACCUCGCCAGAACAAUUUACGCAGCCAACCGCAGAUGACGCGCAGCAACUCCUCGAGCGGCGUGGUGAAUACCUAUCAACCGCCGAACUCGCCGCGCAGUCGCGCCGUGGGUAUCCGAAAGACCAACACGGAGAGCAUCGGCCUGCGGACCUUCCGAGCGCCGAACAACUCCAGCUUUCGCACCGCCAGCCCGUCGAGAUCGAUCCAACCGACUCUGGCCGAUCUGGAAUUCCCGCCACCGCCGGUGGAUCUACCACCGCCUCCAGACGAAGCCUUCGAUCACUGCGACCUGCCGCCACCCAUAGCAACGGCAUCACCAUGCACCGAGACGUCCUCUUCUCACGCGAAGAUCGCGACCUCGCCGGUCGGUCUUAGGAAGGUGAAGGCGGAAUGGCGGAGCAAAGACGAGAUCAGCGAUCACGAUCAGGACGAUAGGAAUAACGAUGUGAGGAACGCGGAACCGUCGGUGAAGGAGGCUAGCUCGCGAUUCGGCGUGAAUCUGCGACGCCGGGAAACGAUUACCAGCGAUGCGCACUGUGGCGGUGGCAGCGGCGGCGGCGGCGGCAGUGGCAGUGGUAGUGGCAUCGGUAAAUCCGCGGACGAGAAGAAAUUAGUUUACAGGCCAAAGGAGACGGCGAGCAGCGGCGCGAUCAAAGCGGAAUCGUUGGAAGCGACGAUCGCGGCACCCGAGGAAGCGCCACCGCCGCCCCCGCCACCGCCACCGCCCAUCGACGGUGCCGCAAUCGGGGCCGGCGCCACCGAUACCUUCGAGUCCAAACCCGGCAUGAAGGAAAUGCUGGAGCUCAAGCUGAUCAACGAGAUCAAGCAGAGCGCGGACCUGAAGCACGGUGGUACCGGCUCCGCGAAGAAGAUCAGCAGCGUCGCUGGUGGCAAUGCGCCUUUGUCGGCGGCGCCACUCGACCCGGCGUCGCAGCUCCUGUCCGAGUUGUGCGCCAGCUUCAGCAUGGAUUCCGCCAGUAGGCAGCAUAUCGUCCCGAGCGAGUACGCGAUCUCGGGAUUGUUGAAGAGCAACGACGUGUCCAUCGUUCAGGAGCACGUUCACGCGGGUAUGCAGGGCGCGCAACCCGAGAGGAGCAGCACAAGUCACAAAGAGAUCCCAAUGACCUCGCCGAUUACGGAGGGCCACGUACUGAGUGCCACUAGCGUAGGUUUCAAAUUGAAGAAGGUCGACAAGAGAAAUAAUCCGCAGAGGGAGGAGAAUCCGGACGGGCAGAUAAUCGAUUUCAAGGCCCGAUUGCGAAAGGUCGACAACGCCGACAAGGAGAGGGCGGACGAGAGGAGCAAGUCGUCGCGUUUCGACGACACCACGCAGGGGAGUAACGUCGCGGAUUCGGCGGACUCGUCGUCCGGCGUGGACGACGCGAACGAUGACAAGCGCCGCAGCACCGGCAGUAUUAGUAGCCUAAAAAAAUUGUGGGAGAACAAAGAGGCUUCUUGUGAUAACCAACCACUUAGUCCUAAAUUAAACGUGAGAGGGGCGAGUAGCAAGCAAGACACCGGCGACGUUGCGAGCGAGGACUCGCCGGAGGAUCACAGCGGUGCCUCGACCAGGAGCUCGACCAGCAAAAGCGAUCCGCGAGUGUGGCCGCCGACCUCGUCGUCCACGGUAACUCUGGAAGUGGAGAAGCCGAUCGUGCCGGCCAAACCGUUGAAACCGCUCGGACCCUCCAGCAAACACUUUGGUUCCUCGAUAUACGCCACGCCGAAUUGCAACAAGUCGUCGCAGAAUGACGAUGACGGCGGCCAGAAGCAGACCAGCGGCGAGACGACGAAGGGGGCGAAGCACAGCGUGAUGGAAAUCUCGAAUGUCAUAGAGAACAGUAUUCUGAAUCUGAAGGGCAGCCCCACCAUCGUCAUGGCCAGCUGGCUGCAGCUGUCCGACAAGGUCGGUCUGCUGCACGGCAUGUGCGUCAACCUUACGGACACGGCGAUCGCGCCGCACGCGAGAUUCCAGUUCCGCGACCUGCUCACCCGGCUCGAGCUGCAGGCGAGGCAGCUGCGGGCCGCCGGCACGCGCAACAUCACCGAGAACACGAGACUCUUGUGUGACGUGCAGAAUACGAUAAAGGACGUGAUAAACACGGUGCAGAGGUAA